AUGCCUUCCUUCACCGUCUUCAAGGGCCAGCAGAGCGGCGUCCCCAAGAAGAGCACCACCACCAAGCCUGACCAGCUCACUGGUGACAACGUCUUCAUCAGAGUCACAGCCUCUGGAGUAUGUGGAACCGAUCUGCACUAUAAAGGUGCGGACAUGGUUCUCGGCCACGAAGGCAUCGGCAUCGUCGAGACCGUCGGCCCAGCGUGCCACUUCUUGAAGCGAGGCGAUCGCGUCGGCUGGGGCUAUGAAGUCGACAGUUGCGGCCACUGCAUCGAAUGCCUCGAGGGAGCUGAAACCUUCUGCCCCGAUCGUGCUAUAUACGGCGUUUCGAAUCUCGACCAAGGCAGCUUUGCUACCCAUGCCAUCUGGCGAGAGUCAUUCCUCUACCCCAUCCCCCAGGGUCUUAGCGACAUCGACGCCGCUCCCCUCCAAUGCGGCGGCGCUACCACCUUCGCCGCCCUCCAAGGCAUCAAGCCCAGCGACACAGUCGGUAUCAUGGGCGUCGGGGGGCUCGGCCAUCUAGCGAUUCAGUUUGCGGCCAAGAUGGGCUGCCGCGUGGUGGUCCUCUCAGGCUCCGAUAGGAAGAAGGCCGAAGCCCUGCAGCUCGGAGCACACGAAUUCAUCGCCACCAAGGACGCCAAGAAGCUUGAGGUCUCAGCGCCAAUCAACCGAUUACUCGUCACUGCAGCGGUGCCGCCGAACUGGGAACUGAUUCUGCCCAUCAUGGCUCCCCGAUCGGCCAUUUACCCGCUCUCGGUCUCGUCUGGCAACCUGGAAAUUCCUUACAUGGGGCUGAUUCUACAAGGGAUCUCGGUGCAGGGGUCACUCGUGGCCCCGAGGAACCAGCACCGCAAGAUGUUGGAGUUUGCGGCGCUGCACCAGGUCAAGCCGGUUGUCGAGACGUUCCCCAUGACGGAGGAGGGCAUCAAGCAGUCGAUGGAUAGAUUGGAACGCGGCGAGGUUAACUACCGUGCUGUCCUAAUACCGAAAAGUACCCCCCCAGGAUAUGGAGGACUUCUAGUCUCUUUCCCUCCACCACCUUCUAUCUCGUCCUCACCAGGCAAGAUAGAACCGACAGCAUUGUCUAAGUUCCAAAACUCCACUCAAACCAACACCACUUCACAGUCUCUCUUCGGAGAAAUUGUGAACUUCAGCCCCGUCUCUAAGCGUCGCUCAAGUUCCGCUUCACCAGCAACCAUUUCCCUGUUCGACUUUACGUCGUUCAUCACGGAUUAUCAAGCAUCAUGGCAUCAUCAAUCCCCACCCCAACUUGCUUCGGCUACACCUCUGUCCCAGAACAGCUUCCAACAGGACUUCGAAUUGUUCGGUCCGGCACCGGCGACCCAACUGACCCCUCAGCACUCGCGUGCUCAGGCGACCUCGAGUACAGCCCCUAAUCCGCAGACCGCCUUCCCUAAUCAUCGACAUCUGUCCUUGAACAGCCAAUAUCAGUCUGCCGGGCCUAUAUCAACGUCUUUCAUCAAUCGGUCAAAUUCAAAUUCCUCGGCACAGAAGCCACAUCUGUACGCUUCCAACGCCGCUUCUACACCCACAUUGCACCAGCAAAAGAGGACUCGUCCUCCAGUUCCACCCUUUCACAGCCAUAGCACAGGAUCACUUCAUUCACAAACAAAUCAAAUCGGUUCGCAGCGCAGGAUACAGGCCACUUCAAUUCCUCCACAAGGUGAAUCAUUUCUCACUCACUCCAUUUCUGAUCCACCACUAAACGGACCUUCACCAGAUAUGAAUCUCUUCGAUGAUAUUUCCCUCCCUGCCCCGGGUGAUUCCCUCGACUCAUCAAAUACAAUGUUUUCAGACUCCAACAUAGACUUCGCUUCGUCCUGGACAGCCAUCAACGCUUCCGGGACGGCGCAGGCAACAACCAACACUGGCACCGUCUCUCCAAAAGACAUCAUGAGCGAGUCGAUUGCCAUGUCUGCGCCCUCCUCCACUGCCUUCCCUAACCUAAGUACGCCAGGUUCGGGAUACUUGGAGUCACCCUACCUCGGCAAUAGCAGCCUCGACACCUCACCAAUGAACGCAGAUGGUGCCCUUGAUGCCGAGCUUGAUUUCAGCAGCGGCUACACCUCUCUCUUCCCAGACGCCAAUGAUCAUCUCAACAAGCUCAACCUUCAAGCCAACACGAGCUUCACGUCCGCUUCAUCUGGCUACAAUGCUUCUUCACCUAUGGUUCGCCAGAAGUCCUCCCCUGGGCGUCCACCGUCCUCCACUCAUGGUCGUCAGCACUCGGUGACCAGUGGUGUUAGGCCAUCGAAGCAGAACAAGCCUUUACCAGAUAUCGUCCUUGAUCCAAAUCGGGACUCCAAGGAAGACUUGAAGCGAAAAAAGAAUACCGCUGCUGCACGGAAGUCUCGCCAGAGGAAGCUAGAGAGCGCUGAAGCACUACAGACCGAAAAUGAGAGAUUGCACGAGGAAGUUGCGAGACUUAAGCAGAUUGUCUACAGCUUAGGAGGAUCCCCCGAUUUGUGA